CUCGAUCAACCCAUCUCGAUCAAUCCAUUUCCAUCAACCCAUCUUCAUCAACCCGGAGCAAUGGGCGGCGAUAACUUCCUGACCCCCAAGGCCAUCGCCAACCGCAUCAAGGCCAAAGGCCUGCAGAAGCUGCGGUGGUACUGCCAGAUGUGUGAGAAACAAUGCAGAGACGAAAAUGGGUUCAAGUGCCACUGUGCCUCUGAGGCCCACCAGCGGCAGAUGCUCCUGUUCGCCGAAAGCGCAUCGACAUAUAUGUCAAACUUCUCCAAGCAGUUCCUGGAUGACUUUAUUCGGCUGCUUUCGAGACGUUACGGCACCAGACGAGUGCAUGCAAACCUCGUUUACCAAGAGUACAUUAGCGAUCGACACCAUCUGCACAUGAAUUCCACCGAAUGGAACACCCUCACCGACUUUUGCAAGUACCUGGGCAAGAAUGGCCUUGCCGAUGUGGAGGAGACGCCGAAAGGAUGGUUCAUCGCAUGGAUCGAUCGCAGCCCCGAAGCCCUCGCCAAACAGGCCGCGAUCCUCAAACAGGAUCGCAUGGCAAAAACGGAGGAGGAGCGGGAUCAGCGGCUGCUCCAGGAACAGAUUGAGAAGGCCCAGCGCGAGGCGGUCGAGACCCAGCCUGAGGAGACGUUCACUGAGCUCAAGCGAGAGAGCGAGGGAGAAAAGAUCAAGCUGACCAUGUCGUUCAAGUCGACAUCCAAGCUCGCAAAACCCGAGGCCAAAAGGCCGAAUGUAUUCAAGAUGGGGACUGCAUCAUCAAAGUCCUCUGGCGCCUCGUCGGCUGCGGCAUCAACUCAGUCACCGUCAGCAGCAUCGGCCGCUCCAUCCCGACCACAGAUAUCCGACGCACAACCGAAAAAGCUCAGCGCAGUCGAGCAGAUCAUGCUGGAAGAGAGCGAACGCAAGCGCAAGCUCGAGUCUCGGACAGACCGCGGCGGGGGCGAUCUGAAGCGAAGCCGAGCUUGAUGGGGGCCGACCGACCCAGCGCCGCCGCGAGUAUAUCCAGUUACAGUUCGAUCCGACAAUGAACGUACUUGGGCAGCAGCCACUUGUGAAUAUAUUGAUAUUUCGGUGUGCUCAGCACAACGAGCUACCAUCA